AUGGUCAUCCGAGAGUUCAACUCGGAGCCGCUGGACAGCCUGUGCUCUCGUGAGCAACUGGAGCUCUUAAACGCCAUCGAUACGCUUCGAUCCCAGGGGAUUAGCCAUUAUGUCUCUCUACCCCAGAUCAUUGUGUGUGGCGACCAGUCCUCCGGAAAGAGCUCUGUGCUGGAGGCCAUCUCUGGCGUCUCCUUUCCUGUCAAGAGCAACCUCUGCACCCGCUUUCCAACCGAGCUGGUCCUGCGGAAAGACAGCAAUGUCGGAGUCAGAGUAUCUAUUGUUCCCCAUCACUCCCGCAGCGAAGUAGAGCAGCGGUCGUUGGGGAGCUUCUGCGAAGAGCUGGACGGAUUUGAUGGGCUUCCUCAGCUGGUCGAUAAUGCUAAAGCGGCAAUGGGCAUAUCUACUCAUGGGAAAGCAUUCUCCAACGAUCUUCUACGGGUUGAGGUGUCAGGGCCGGACAGACCGCACUUAACCAUUGUGGAUUUACCCGGACUAAUCCAUUCCGAGACUAAACAUCAAUCCGCCGCAGAUGUGCAGCUGGUGCAGGAGGUGGUUCAGACAUACAUGAAGGAGCCGCGAAGUAUCAUCCUGGCGGUGGUCUCCGCGAAAAAUGACUACGCGAAUCAGAUUGUCUUGCGGCUGGCAAGGGAUGCGGAUCAGUCGGGCAAUCGGACCUUGGGUGUUAUCACCAAGCCCGAUACACUGAUCGCAGGUUCAGAAAGCGAGAGGAUGUUCAUCACCUUAGCCCAAAACCGGGACGUGGAAUUUCGCCUGGGAUGGCAUGCGCUCAGGAAUAUGGAUACCGACCAGGAGGCUUGGACUCUUGCCAAUCGGGAUCACCAAGAACGAGAUUUCUUCGCCAAGGGAGCCUGGAGUGAAAUGCCAUCUUCAUUGGUGGGGAUUGGCUCGCUGCGAACCCGUCUCAGCCGAUUGCUUCUGCGACAGAUUGCGGCUGAGCUUCCAAGUCUCAUCGAGGAGAUACAAGCCAAGGAGGACGACUGUGUCCUGCAAUUAAAAAAGCUUGGCGAGCCGCGAGCCACUCUCGAUGAGCAAAAGUCGUAUCUUCUGAACAUCAGUCAACGUUUUCAAUCUCUGGUCAAAGGUGCUGUUGACGGCACGUACAAUGAAGCGUUCUUCGAAGACAUCAAUUCUUCGGCGGGACGUCAGAAGCGACUUCGUGCUGUUGUCCAAAAUAUGAACGAGGAUUUUGCGGAGCGUCUUAAUAGACGAGGCCACUACCGCAAGAUUUCAGAGAGCCCAAGUGAAUCGAAUAGCCUCAGCAUGCAGGUGUCCGUCACGCGCAGCGAGUUCAUUCAACAUAUUCAGGCGCUUAUGAAACAAACGAGAGGACGGGAAUUGCCCGGCACAUUCAAUCCUAUGAUUAUCAGCGAACUGUUCGUAGAACAAUGUCGCCCCUGGGAAGCUAUAACACACCAGCAUAUUCUCUCGACCUGGCUGGCAGUCGAAGAAUUCAUGUCACUUGCGAUAGGUCACAUAUCUGACGAAGCAACGUCUGUUGUGCUUUUCACCGAGGUCAUCUCCCCAGCACUACAUCAACUGAAGGAGGUUCUCGCAAAGAAAUGCGAAGAACUCCUUGCAAGUCAUCGGAAAGGUCAUCCAAUCACCUACAAUCACUACUACACAGAGACCUUGCAAAAGGCCCGUGCUGAGAGGCGCACAGGCGAGCUAAGCAGAGUCAUUGAAGAUUACUUCGGGGUUGAUGACCUACACACAUCAUAUCGCCUCGAGGGAAAAUACCGCCUACAGGAUCUUCUGCAAUCCCUCCUAGGGUCCAAUGAGCCAGAUAUGAUGCAGUUUGCUUCAGCCGAGGCUUUGGAUUGCAUGCUCGCUUAUUACAAAGUGGCCCUGAAGAGAUUCAUCGACGACGUGGCGGUUGAGGCUGUGGAGGUUGAACUGGUUCAGUCUCUCGCUUCUCUCCUCACACCUACCAAAGUCUUCGAAAUGCCCUCUGGGCUGGUAUCGCGUAUCGCUGGCGAGUCUGAAGAGAACCGUGCCCUACGGGAACAACUGAACAAGAAACUACAGAUUCUCGGGAAGGGCUUGAGAACCUGUCGACAUUUUGUUGGCAGUCGUGGCGCCGGUACGAUUGUGACUAAAGAGGUACGCCAUGCUUAUGACAAGAUCCACGUCUUAUCACAAGCCGAUCCUGUCGAUCCUAGCAUCUCGGAGAGUCGUGGCAAUCCCAACGAUGCAGAUGCCGAAGUGAAAAGCGAGAUGGGUGAAUCUCUGAGUGAACAGGAAGUAGUCUUUUAA